CCAAAAGAAGAGGGGGGAUAUAAAAACACCAAAGGCUUCGUGGGCACGAGUCUGGCUGUGUUUGUGCUGGACUAAAAACACACAACGACAGAGGAGAACACACACGUCCUGAGCUGCGGUGUCGUGUAUUAUUUAACGGCACAUUUUUACGCAGAAGGUGUGCGCGCGCGCGUGGGAUACUCUUGCGCAAGACUCUCGCCAACUCCUGCAGAAGACAGAGCUCAGUUACAAACUCAAGAGAGAAAAAACUUUGGAUCUUGAACACAUUGAAGAUGGGCUUUCAGUGACCGAGUCUUCAUCUGUGAAGACGCACUGGCGUUUGGAGAGGAUGCCAACGCGUUUUGCGCAACUCACCGGAGCGCAGCAAUGUGUCCAAAGUUUUGCAAUGGAAGUGAAACAAGAGAAACCACGAGGACCUGAAUCUGUUUGAUUUGGAGGUUUAAUUGCUUUUAUUUUAAAGAAAAAUGUUGCAGGGGCACUAAACUGCGCGAUCUUGUGCCAAUUUAUGUGCUUUACCUGCACACAUUAAUGAGAUGUGAACUUCUGAUCUCAUAUAAUUUUUGAUAUAGCUAUAAAAGCAUUUGCAAGAAGUAAUGUGAAAUCAUUGGAAUGGCACAAGGAUUUGCCAUUGAAGUUCAUAUUUGUGGGACUUCAAAAUCAAUGUAAUUCAAAAUCGUCUUUUGGACACCAGUAAAGCAUCCACGGGAUUAUUUAAAUUUAUUAUAUUUUAAAAACAAUCACCCACCCAGGACCAUAUUGGUGGUUUGAUCUGUGUUGUCUAUCAAGCGUCGGGUAAUUGGGAAUCAUUUCCAGGCGGUUACUCUUUCUCCUGUGAAUAUUGCUCUUCUGGACCCCGAGGUGGCUCCGUUGUGGUGUUGCGGCUCCUCGUCCGCGGCGGAUCCGGAGAUCGGAGUGUCUGCGGCGGCAGGAGGAGGCAACGGGACCCCGGCAGCUCCGCAGGGUCCUAAGAGCGCUCGGGUGAAGAGGAUGGUGCGGCUGGCCGCGGAGCUUCUGUUGCUGCUGGGACUCUUGAUAUUGACUCUACACAUCACUGUGUUGCGGAGCAGUCCGCUUCAACAGGGCAAUGACACUGUGAGCUCAGUGAAGGACUCACAGGUGGAGAAGAAUAAUGUCAAUGCAGAAAGCAGUUCUGGGACCAGACAGUCCAGAGUGGCUCACAGUUCAGCAUCUCAACCAUGGGUACAGAGUCAUGUAACAGGAGGCAGCUUGCAGAGAGACGGCCCGGGAGCUUUUCUGCUGGACCUGCAGAACUUUCCUGAUCUUUCCAAAGCUGACAUAAAUAAACAGAACCCUAAUAUACAGGUUACCAUAGAAGUGGUGGACAGUCUGGAAGGUUCAGAGCCAGAAAAAGGAAUGCGUAAAGAAAACAAACCAGGCUGGGCAGCCACGAACUGGAGGAACUGGUGGCAACGUUCUUCUUCCUCAUCCUCCGCGUCGACCCCAAAGGGGCCGGAUGAACAGGAUUACCCCUACGAGAGCAAAACAGAAGAUAGCAACUUCCUCAAGCCGCUUGGAGACUGGGAACGGAGAGGAGCUGCCGGCACAGGGAGCAGAACCCAAACAGAAUAUGACUACAUAGACGGAGACGGUGACUGGAGUGGUUGGUCGCCGUGCAGUGUGACCUGUGGAAAUGGCAACCAGAAGCGGACCCGGUCGUGUGGCUAUGCCUGCACCGCCACGGAGUCGCGGACGUGUGACAUGCCCAACUGUCCAGGGAUUGAAGAUGCCUUCAAGACAGCUGCGACAGAAGUCAGUCUGCUGGCCGGCACAGAGGAGUUUAAUGCAACAGAGCUCUUCGGAGUGGAUACCGACAGUUGCGAGCGCUGGAUGAAUUGCAAGAGCGAGUUCCUCAAAAAAUACAUGAGCAAAGUGGCCAGCGACCUACCCAGCUGCCCCUGCUUUUACCCAACCGAGGUGGCCUACAGUACAGCAGACGUCCACGAUGCCAUCACGAGACGUAACUUCCGUUGGAAGGACGCCAGCGGGCCGAAGGAAAAACUGGAGAUCUACAAACCCACCGCGCGCUACUGCAUCCGCUCCAUGCUCACGCUGGAAUCCACCACGCUGGCCGCCCAGCACUGCUGCUAUGAUGACAGCAUGAAGCUCAUCACCCGCGGCAAAGGAGCCGGAACGCCAAACCUCAUCAGCACGGAGUUCUCUGCUGACCUGCACUACAAGGUAGACAUCCUGCCGUGGAUCAUUUGCAAGGGCGACUGGAGUCGCUACAACCAGGCUCGACCUCCAAAUAAUGGCCAAAAAUGUGCAGAGAACCCCCAGGAUGAGGACUACUACAAACAGUUUGAGGAGGCCAGAGAGUUCUGAGUCGAGGAUGUUGGACAUACUGUGAAACUUUUGAACUUGUACGGAUUGAGCAGAACAAAGUAUUACUGCACACAAUGGGGAAACAGUGGCUGUGUGUUUGGACUUUCAACACAGCGGAGCUAAAUCUCUGGCUCUUUGGUUUGAAAGUGAAAAAAUAAUAACACCCAAGAUAAUAACCACAUAACUCUUCAUGGUUCUUUUUGUAUAACAUCUAUAUGACUUGGGUUAUCUAGACAUAUUUGGCAUCUGCUUAAUUUUGCUAUGAGGAAUUAAAGGGAAAUAAUCUAUUUCAUAAAGGGAUACCAUGUCAGGAAUCACCAUGCUACAUUUUAACCUCCACUUUACAAAACAAAAACAAUCGAGUUUUGCAUGCUUGUAUUAUUCCCAAAAUGUGGUCGGUAACCCUCUCUUCUCAGGAUCUUUGGAUAGCUAUUGGGUAUUAUUACUAUAUUGGUUAAUGUGCAGGUUCCCAUGUACACAAGCAUACAUAUCUAGCUGGUAUGAACAGAAUUCAUACAGCAUAUAAUGUCCUGUUGUAUCCCUUAAAUGUUUUGGUGACAAACAGUGAAGUCGAUCCCUGCAUUAUCUUUACAAAGUAUUUAUUGAGUCAUAGUUAUGUGUCAGGAUUUAUAAAUGAGAAUUUGUGCAUAGAGAUGUAUGGACACAUUUUGAGUGAUAAAUAAAUAAAUAGGUCACAUUAAACAUCAAAUGUGCAAAUGGUUUCCAUCUCAUAUAGGAAUUGCCGAGGUCAAAGGGUCUUUCACCUUGGCUGACGUUCGAAUACGAUCCAUCUUCACAUAAUAAACUCUUCCAAACACUUUAAGCCAUUCCACAAGACUCCUAUUAGCUAGUUUCCAUCCCAUCCAGAAACUGACCUAAGCUCUGCUUUUGAUGUCUGAUGCAAAAUGCUCUUCCCCCCUUAAACAGGGCUCAAAUUCUUUUUUUUUUUUUGCAAGCGU